CACACACACAUAUAUGUUGUUGCAUGCUGUAUAGACUUGUACUUUGUAUACAUAAGUACCCUUUGGAUUAUAUCGUUGCAGACAGAGAUUACAAAAAUUAACAUAGAAUGUCGCAAAUGUCAAGAGAAGCUCAAGAGAUUCCUCUCAAAAUUUCAGGGAACCUAUUCUGUUAAGUUCGACCCGGAAUCCGGAAGAUUAACAGUUGAAUCCACGGUAGACAAGAACACGAUCAAUGAGGCCGUAGAGCAUGCUAGGUUUUCUGCGGGGCUCAUGUGUGAGGAUAAUACUCUGCCGCCCUCCCACAACAGUUUCUUGCAACCCAAGGCAACCGCCAGCCACGAGUUGAACGGAGCACAAGAUCAAGGGCUUGAGGUAAUAAGAUGGGCUCAAAUGGGAGAGCUCCAAAAACUUCCCAACAUCCACAGGCUGAAGAAGUUGGAGCUGACUCAAUCUGGAAGCAAUCGAAGAAUCAAACUCACAUUUUUCGACAAGAAACCUCAGCCUCAGCCACAACCUCAGCCCCAUGCUAGGGUUAAUGUCAUUGAUGUUAAGGAUGAUGAGCAAAAUGUGCCCCAUGGCGAAGGAAGCGGUGGCAAUAGCUGGCCGGCGGACAAAGUUUGUGGAGAUCAUGAAGGUGGCGAAGGAAGCAGCACCACAAGUUGUGAUGGUGGUAGCCACCACAACUUUGAGUUUCAAUACGUUCAUACUCCUGAGGCAGCAGGCAAUAAUAAUAAUCAUCAUGUGCCACAUGAUACUUAUUUGCCUCCGACGACCGUGACCGUGUGA